ACAAUUUAAAAAUUGUAUGUCCACAAACGUCGUCGUUGGAUGUCAAGACUACUAAAAACCCUUCUGUCCCUCAACUCCUGUGCUAUGCAGCCGCUUCCCCUCUGUCUCCAUUCGAAGCACAGAAGAAACAGUAGAUAGCAAGAGAGAUCAGAUACGCUGUGGUCUCGACAAAUCAGAGCUUUAGCUGAUAGUAAAAUGGAGCCAGAAUUUGAAGAACGGAAAACGGAACCAGAACUGUCAAGAGAAUUAGAGAAGAAAAUAUCGAAAACGGUCCGCAAGAUAUUGGAGGGGGAAAACUUGUACGAGAUGACAGAGAACAAAGUACGAAAAAUGGCAUCGGACGAACUCGGGUUGAAUCUCUCCGAUGACCCCUACAAAUCAGUCGUUAGCCGCGCCGUCCAAGAUUUCCUUGAAAAAAUAAAAAAUCGAACUCAAAAGACUAGAGCUUGAGUUCAACAAGAUUUUGUGCAUACAGAUUUGAGAAGCUUGACAGAAUUUUCGGCCAGUGCCUUUGACUUGGUUGAGUCACUCUCAAAGG